UGCUGACACGCAACUCUACUCCGCAGAGUACACCACUAAAUAAUACCGACACGAUUCCACUUGACUCGGUCCAACGAUUUAGUGGAACAAAUAAGCAUCUAGCCGUAUCGAUGAUUGCAACAUGGCAGGGAUAUUCCUAUCGGCGCCCCAGAAACAGACGAUUCAGCCGCGUUUAUCUCGGUUCUGGCCUGGGGAUAGAUGGCAUAAGUACAGACUAGUAGCGGGAAUUAGGCCCUCCAGUUUCGCACGUCCCCAGAGACAUCAGCUUUAUGAGACCUUCCCCUCAUUUAUAAUCUCAUAAAAGAAUCACCGCGCCCUUCUUUUCACGGCUCAUGAAACUAACUCUCGUCGUGAGAGUCCCCGACGUUCUUACGGUUAUCCAAGAUGGGCUCGAUCGCUCUGCAGCAUGAGAAUUCCCAAGAAUACGGGAAACGUCUCUUCCCUCACAUCAUCGACGAAAGGGCCCAGUUGGGAUAUUCACGCCCCUUUGCUUAUAUUGCAAAAUCGCCUCACGCGCAGGACGGUUUCGAGGAAAUAAGCUACCGGCGUCUUGCGAAUGCUAUUAACCGCGCAUCAUGGUGGAUAGUAAACAAUCCCAGCCCUUUGCUCAGCGAGGGCGGUAUAUUUGCCUAUGUGGGAUCAAACGAUUUACAAUAUUUGAUAUUAGCUGUCGCUGCUGUCAAGACUGGUCGAAAGAUACUGGUCCCCUCGCCGAGAAAUACUGUCGAGGCGCAACAGUUGCUGUUCGAUCGUAUCGGCUGUAAGACGAUACUUUAUGCCAGUGCGCUCGAGAAGAGUCUCCAGGGACUCUUCUCUUCGAUCCCAGGACUACAGCGCAAGCAAGUCCCGUCGUUGGAGGAUCUUCUGAGAGAAGAACCGGUUCCUCAUUUUGAAUAUACGACGACUUAUGAGACCUUGACGGAUGAGCCUGUGGUGUACUUUCAUACAUCUGGAUCUUCGGGGAACCCGAAACCGAUCGGGUCAAGCAUGAAGUAUUUUCUUGUUUUGGAUGGUCCGAAUUUACCUCCUUUCGAUAGUAGCCCGAUCACUAUGAGAGAUGCUCUGUCUAGUCAGAACUAUUUAUGUUUGCUGCCGCCCUUCCAUGCUGGCGGGUUCACGGUCUGUCUACUAGCAGCAUAUUUUCAUGCCACUGCAGUGUGGCCACAUCCAGAUGUUGCGCCGACGGUAGAAUAUCUUAUCUCGCUACUGAAUCAGAAUAUAAUCACUUCGCUAGUCUCGCCACCUUCACUGCUGGAUGCACUAUCACAGCCUUCAGCUGGGAUAGAAGCACUAUCGAAAUUAGAACACGUUGGCUAUUGUGGUGGCCCUUUACCAGAGCACGUGGGGAACAUCCUGGCACCGAGACUCAAGCAUUUGUACAGUGUCAUCGGAGCGACGGAAUAUGGCUGGUUUUUCACCAUUCCCGGAGACAGUAGCAAAUGGCGAUACGUUCGAUUCCACCCCGGAGCCGAGUACAGAUUUGAAGAAGUCUCAGAAGGCAUCUUCGAGCUGAUCAUUCCCAACAAGCCGGAACUUUGCAAAUUCCACGGGACCACACAGACAUUCCCGCAUCUGGCAGAAUAUCGAUCAAGGGAUCUCUAUGCUCCAGUGUCGGGGGAAGACGGCUGGAUGUGUUAUCAAGGACGAAAUGACGAUCUUAUCGUUCUCUCGAAUGGCGAGAAAAUCAACCCUGUGCCUUUGGAGAGUAUCAUAAGCAGCAAUGCUGCGGUGAAGGCCGCUCUUAUUGUGGGAGAAUAUCGAUUUAUGCCCUCACUACUGAUAGAGGUCCAGGACGGACUUAAUGCUGAGACGGAAGAGGAUCGUCAGGCGCUGCUCGAUAUCAUUUGGCCGACGGUGGAAGAAGCAAACAAGAUCGCACCGCGCUUUUCCCGAGUGCCAAAGUCUUUGAUUUAUCUGACAAGGAAGAAUGAACAGUUCAAUAGAGCUGGGAAAGGGACAAUUCAGAGACAGUUCACAGUGAAGAAGUUCUCGCAGGUCUUGGAUCAAUUAUACACGGCUGCAGAAGAGGGACUUCUGACAGAUGGUCUGGAAUUGGAUGACCCGUCAAAUGAGAAUUCCAUCAGAGCAUUCGCGCAAAAGCUGUAUGCUCAAGCCUUAGAAAAUCAUUCGCUACAGGAGUCCGAUGAUGUAUUCGACCUGGGAAUGGACUCUCUGCAGGUUGCUAUUGCGGUUCAAAAAGUCAAAGCUACUUUGAGGGCACGACAAGUCGAAGUUGACUGGGAGAGCAUCAAUCCACAGUUUAUCUACUCAAGUCCCACGGCAGUUGACCUUGCUCAUGCUUUGAAGAAAUUGGUAACCAAGGGAAAAGGUUCUCCGAAUGACUCUCAUGCCGAUCGCAGCCAGCGCUCAACUCGGAUCCAGCAAGUCCUCGACAAGCAUAUAGCAGCACUUCCAACAAAGUUAGACGUGGAGGACAGACCUAAGGCGGACUCUUCAACAGUGCUUCUGACAGGUUCAACUGGCUCCCUUGGAAGCUAUCUCUUGACGACUCUGUUACAGUCACCUAAUACAUCGAAGGUCAUCUGUCUCAACCGUUCGGCAGAUGGCGAGAAGCGUCAGAGGGCAAGCCACAACGCGCGUGGGCUUCCUGUAGCCUGGGACGGUGGAGAGAAACGAAGAGCCGAGUUUCUCACCGCAGAUCUAUCCAGACCUGAUCUUGGGCUAGGGGACGAAAAAUACAACCAGCUCCUGUCUGAAGUAACCGUUAUCAUCCACUGCAGCUGGAAAGUUGACUUCAACCACACACUCAGUUCAUUCGAGACAACACAUAUUGGUGGUGUAGUCAAUCUGAUUAAAUUCAGCGCACGCUCUUCACACCAGGCCCCUCUUAUAUUCAUUUCUAGCAUCUCCACCGUCCUCAACUGGAUCGAGAAGCAUCCUAACACUCCUGUCCCGGAACUGAUACUACACGACCUCGAAAGUCCCGAGAAGCUAGGCUACGGCGAGUCAAAGUACAUAGGGGAGAGACUAGUCGAGGCCUACAGCGCAUCUAGCAAUGUCGCAAAUGCCGUGCUGAGAGUCGGUCAGAUUGCAGGCCCUGUGCUUUCGACGACCGGGUUCUGGAACAAGCACGAAUGGUUUCCUAGUUUGAUCGCCAGUUCGAAACAUCUAGGAAUCCUGCCGGCUUCAUUGGGCACCAUGAACACAAUCGAUUGGAUACCUGUGGAUCUCAUGGCGUCCAUCAUUACCGAGCUGUCAUCUCAGAACGGCAGAGAACACAACGCAGCUUCACUUUCUGUCUAUAAUCUUGUCAAUCCCCGACCUACCGGGUGGUCUACUUUACUUCCCACCGUCCAAGAACACCUUGGUGGUCCGGCAAAAAUAAAAGUCAUCCCGUUACCUGAAUGGGUAGGAGAACUAGAGAAGAGCACCGCACUUAAUCACGGAUAUAUCACAGAGGACAAUCCAGCGGUGAAACUCCUUGACUUUUUCAAAUCUCUGUUGAAGAGCGAAGACAGUCGAGAGGACACAGCCACAAGCUCGUACGAAGUAGCAGGUCUGAAGAAGGAUAGUAAUGUGGCAAGAGACUUGCAAACAGUUUCACAGAGUUGGAUGCGGCUGUGGAUCGAUCAAUGGAGAUUGUGAAAUUUGAUUAUAUUUCUGAUUUGUCGGUGAUCUAGUUAGUCCAAUUAGGAUUGCUGGCUCGAGUGGUUUUACCAAGCCAUCUUAUAGAAAUAAUGGUUAAAAGGUGUGAAGGAGAGUGCCCUUUGGGAAGGCUCUGAAUAGUAUAACGCAGGCUUAAUAGAACUAGCCUACAGAGCCACUGUUCUGUACUGCGUCUUAGCAACUGAUCUAUACAAUAAACUAACUAUCCUUAUUGUGUUACGAGAUCUGCAGCAGUACACUGGGAGUGGCCAAUUAAAAUGGGUUAGAAUUGCCAUAGUCUCUAACUAGGAUACUAUAGAUUUACAUUAUAAACAAACCAGCAAACAAAUUAUAUCAAACUAUCAUGAAGCUAGAG